GGGUUGGGAUUUCGCAGGGAAAGCCCAGCAGCGGUGGCAGCUGCGGCGGAUCCCUCGGCUCGGCCCGCCGCGCGCCCGGGCAGCCCAGGGCCGGCGAGCAGCUCCGCAAAGUCGCGGAGCGAGAGGAGGCGGAGCGCCCGCGAAGUGGUCGGGCUCGGCGCUGGGGCUGGGCAGGGAGAGGUGUGCCCGGGGACCUGGAUCGUGGCGCCCUGGUGCCUCGCGUGGAGCGGCCGGUGCACCCGGGAGGCGAGCUGAGGCUCUGGAAAGAGAAAUCAAAUUGCAGCCUCCCCAAAGACGUUAAGUUACGCAGGCCAGCCAGUUCCCGGAGAGCGUUCGCGAGCGCGCGUAGAGCCGAGCCGCGCCGCACCGCAGAGCCUUCCCGGGCCAGCCGGCUGGGAGCGGGGCGCCGUCCGAGAGGCCGCGGCCCCUGAGCACGGGGUCUGGCCGGGAGUGCGCCCGGGUACAGAGAGGGGGCGUGCAGGGCUCCGCCAGCCCGCCCGCAGCCCGCGCCCGACUUGGGCGCCCCCUCCGUCCCACUCCGGGAGCGAUGCCCCCCGCCCCUCGCGCCCCCCGGGAACGACGCGAACAUGGAGAAGUCGAGUAGCGAGGAUUCUUCGAUCCAUCGGAGUCCAUCUUUGGACAGCAAGGAUUCGGACUUUGCCAAGCCGUCCACCUCGGGCCGACCGUUCGGCCGCGGCUUCACAGCCGGCGCCUUCUACGGCACCGCGGGCUCGCGGGGCCAGAGCCGCGCCGAGGCUGGCGUUAAGACUGACAAGUACAAUGCACCCAAAGGCAGCAAGUACGUGGUGUUUUACCUGGACCUGUCCUUUGUUUUUCUCCUAGAAUUUAAGAAGUGCAACAUGGCCAGGGGCUGCCUCUGCUGCUUGAAGUACAUGAUGUUCCUCUUUAAUUUGAUAUUCUGGCUCUGUGGCUGUGGGCUGCUCGGAGUGGGCAUUUGGCUAUCCGUGUCCCAAGGCAACUUUGCCACCUUCUCCCCCAGCUUCCCUUCGCUGUCUGCAGCCAACCUGGUGAUCGCCAUAGGCACCAUUGUCAUGGUGACAGGCUUCCUCGGCUGCCUGGGGGCCAUCAAGGAAAACAAGUGCCUCCUCCUCAGUUUUUUCAUCGUCCUGUUGAUCAUCCUCCUAGCAGAGCUGAUCUUACUCAUUCUCUUCUUUGUCUACAUGGACAAGGUAAAUGAAAACGCCAAGAAGGACCUGAAAGACGGCCUGUUGCUGUACAACACAGAGAACAACGUGGGGCUUAAGAACGCCUGGAACAUUAUCCAAGCCGAGAUGCGCUGCUGUGGCGUCACUGACUACACAGACUGGUACCCAGUGCUGGGGGAGAACACGGUGCCCGACCGCUGCUGCAUGGAGAACUCCCAGGGCUGCGGGCGCAACACCACCACCCUCCUGUGGACAACGGGCUGCUAUGAAAAGGUGAAGACGUGGUUUGAUGACAAUAAGCACGUGCUUGGCACGGUGGGGAUGUGCAUCCUUAUCAUGCAGAUCCUGGGCAUGGCCUUCUCCAUGACCCUCUUCCAGCACAUCCACCGGACUGGUAAAAAGUACGACGCCUGAGUGGGCUGGCCGGGAGCACCCGGCCCCCAUGCCGACACUGUGCCAGGGAAGAAGAUUUGAGCUUUGUGUUGCCUGCCCGCGCUCCCCAGACUGCUGACCCCUGCACCCGACCGCCAGCCCACCCCGCCUCAGCCGCUUCGGUGGGUGGAGGGCCGGGGAGGAGGCGGCAUGGAGGACGAGCACAGAGACCCUGGGUGCUGGGGGCGCCUGGGUUCCUGCAUCUGUGUAUUUGCCAAAGAAGACAGGGGGGCCCAGGCUCAUCGUCCGGAAACCCCCCAGCACUGAUGCAUUUCUGCCCCUGCCCUUCCUCUCCCUGACACUAUGUCCCCACGUGGGUGGGGCGCAGAGUGCUCCCUCCCGGUGGAGAGACUGCCCACGGAGCCGCAGGUGUCCACAGCCCCCCGUGGGAGAGCUGGCGGGGGCAGGGGUCUGAUUGCCUCUGGGCAAGGCCCCCCAGGAGCAUCUUGCCCAGGCUUUUUAUACCUUACAGUGUAACUUUUUUUAUUUUAUUUUACUCUGAUUAUGAUUAUUCAGGAAUAUUAUCUUUCAGAUAAGUUUAGGGUUAGCUUUCUGAUUUAUAACUUUUUACCACGUUGAUUUCUGUAAUGGUUUGAUUUUUUUUUUUUCUGAGGGUGGGGGACAGGUGGGAAGAGAGGAUGUCUGUCAGGUUUCAAUCAGGACAAACCACUGUGCAGCGCUCAGGAGUCUCCGGGGAGAUGCGCCAGGCCUGUGCUCAGGACGCAUUGAGUGGGAGGCUGUGGGGGCCUGGCGUCGGUGUGCAGGAGCCUGGAGGAAGCGUGUGCAGCGGAAAGGCACAGAGCACCGUGGAGAGGGGCCCCCUGCCCAGAGCUGGCUCCAGCGGCCGAAGAGGUUGGGGGGCCAUGGGGGGCCAGUGAAGUGCUUUGCCAGGAACGUGGCCAGGGCUAUUGUGGGUCCUUAUACUUCACCGCUGAGCAGUCGGUCUUUUUCCCCAUCCGUCCAUCCGUCCUUCCUCCUGCCCUCUGCUGGCACCGGAGGCGGCUCCCCCUUCUACCCCAUGCGGGCGUGUUCCCGCCACAGGUUUUGCAAACCCCAGUUACUUUCACAGACAUUCCUGCUAGAAACUCUCGGACAAAUACCUCUUUAGUUCAGAUGCUGCUCACUUUCUCACAUUGCUUCUGGAAGGGGAAGCAUUCCUUACGUUUUGCUGCUCAGACAGUGGUGGAGGUCCCGUGACCAUCAGGAGAGGAAGGUGGAGCUGGUGCCCGUGAUCAUUCCAGCCGCGUUCACUGGGCUGCACAUUCCCUGCUGAGAGGGAGGGGAAGAUGGCCGGGGCGUCCCAGGACCUUCAUCCCCUUCCUCAGGGUUCAUGGGUGGUGGGGUGGUGGCAGGUGUGUCCUCCGUGGCCCUGAGGAGAAGACGGGGAGCUCAGACUGGAUCUUGCUAACCAGCCCCAGGAAGAAACAGCCGAGUCAUGGUGUAGUAGCUGAACAGGAGGGGUGGCGUAUCUGCAGCAGGGGGCCCUCAGGACUUAAGCUGGUCUGAGUGAGUGUUUUUGCGGUUAAAAAACUAAAGCCACGAAUUCAUGGGACUGAGCUUACAAAGGCUUUCCACUGGCCGGCUAGGAUCUGGUGCACUUCUCAGACCUGGCCUCACGUGGGGCAGCUGCCUUUUUCCUGCACCGUUUGGCUCGGUACCUUGAUUUCCCACCAGGCCCAUGUCUCCCCUCCAGCCUCCACUUUUCUCCAAAAGCUGAGACCUGGCCACCCAGCCAGCACCUCCUACGCCCGCCUAAGUAAAAUACUGGUGGGACUUUUGUAGGAGUAUGGGACUUUUGGUGUCAGGAUUCAUGAUUUGCGGCGGUGAGGAGUGGGGAGUAGGGUGGUCUCAGUGAGUCAGGCAGAGUAAAGGCCACGCCCCUAUGACAGAAGCAGAGAUGCCCGUGGCAAAGCUGGGAAGGUGGGUCCUUGUGUGGACAAAGGGGCCAGCCCGUGCUUGAGCAAAACUGCCUUCCUGGGUUCUCUGGUGCCAUCUUCCCGGUGGGGGGCUUCAGCUGCGUCUCUGGGGACUCCCAGCUGCAGAGCACAGAGCAGUCAUGCUACCGCGUCACUGUGGAGAGACGCUCAGCCAAUGUGCUGGAGUCACACAGUGGGACUGGGUGUGUAACGACCUUGGGGGGGUGGAGGAGGCUUGUUCAUGCCUAUCAAUGCAAUUUCAGUUUUCAGAUCAGCAAAAACCCAACACUUUGCGGGGAGGUGCAGCCUCCCUGGCAGUCUGAUGUUUCUGGAGCUUCAGGGGUGUCCCGGCCCUGGGCCCCCCACCGCAGUCCCCCUAUCCCCACCAGCGCCCUCUCACCUGUCUAUCCAUGGAGACUUGUCUGCAGCCCCUCAGACCGCCUUCCUGCCUCACCCUGUGCUUGGCCGCUUAGGCAUUCACUCAAGUCUCCCCUGGGGAAGGCACGAGGGAUGGGGGUGCUCUUCCAGACUCCCCUGCCUUUCCUGCAGGGUGGAUCCCACACAUGGAAGGUCAUGCCACCCGGUGUCUGUGGCAGCCCAGUGUCUUCUCCAUUUCUGCCAGCUGUGAUCCCACUGGGGCAGCACUAACUGGAUGAGCUCCCUCACGUGCGGCUUCCCUCAGCACAAUCGGAGUCCCUUUGGUCAGGUCCGAUGCAGUUUCCAGAUGGGACUUAGAAGGUCAGGUUCUGUAGACAGCUUCAAGGGGGCACCGCUGAGACCUGGCCUUUCUCUGCAGCCAUCUUGCAGAGGUGGUGGGCAAGCAGGGACUGACAACCACCCUUGGGGGGCUGCAGGAGGUGUUGGGGGAUGCCACCCAGGCCCGCACUGGAGCACUGUUGCCCCCUCCCCCCCAACCAGCAUGGGCCAGCAUCUUGGCCUCGCUCUCUAGAAAGGUUGCUGCCCCACCCAGACCCUCAUGCAGAUGUUCUGGUUUGACUUAGACCCAGGUGGCUGUUGCUCCUUUGCUUUGGUGGCCAAAAAGCAGUCCAAGGUGGAUGGAAAUGGCUGUUCCCUCCUCUGCGGCCCCCUGCCCACCCACACCGGUGGAGGUGCUAACUAGCAGGGACCUGGCGUAGGACAGGAGCUGGGGGCCAGGUGCCUGAGUCCCCCCUUUGUCCCUCUGCCCUUCCACGCCCAGCCUCUUUUGGUCCCGGUCUCCACUCUCGCUCCUCUGCUCCUCUGCACCUCAGCGAGGCAGGGGUCCCGGCGGGUCCCGGCCUCGCUGCCCUGAACGGGCACCUGAGGACUGGAGCCAGGGACUCAUGGGCACACCCCGCCCACCCCCGGGAGCGCAGGAGAGCAGGAUAGCACGCUUGUUGGUUUUAAAUGCACUUUUCUGCUUGUGAUGCGUAUCUGUGCGUUUCCUUCAUCCUGGUCCUGGCUUUAUCGAACACCAUGUUUUUAGCAUGUUUUUAAAUAAAAACUGAUAAUGUGUCAAAAGCACAAA